CCAACUACCGCGCGUCAUACUUUGGUUGUUAUAUAAUCAGGAGUAGGGAAGUUUGCAGGUUCACUGGUCUUCUUCCCUCUUAUUUUACGUCUCUGGUAACUGACACUCGGUUGUUGCAACCUUCCACCGAAAUCAUGGCAAAAGACAUGACUCUGCUUUGGGGCUCCGGCUCUCCUCCCUGUUGGAGGGUUAUGAUCGCACUAGAGGAGAAAAAUCUGCAAGGCUACAACCAAAAACUGCUUUCCUUUGAGAAAAUGGACCACAAGUCACAGGAGGUCAUGGCCAUGAACCCCAGGGGACAGCUCCCUUCCUUCAAACAUGGGAACAUUAUUGUGAACGAGUCAUUUGGGGCCUGCAUGUAUCUGGAGAGCCAGUUCAAGUCCCAGGGGAACAAAUUAAUCCCUGACUGCGCUGAAGAACAGGGCAAGAUGUACCAGCGCCUGUUUGAGGGCAACACCCUCAAUCAGAAAAUGGUGGAUGUGAUUUACUACAACUACAAGGUCCCAGAGAAUGAGAGACUUGAAUCUGCCAUCAAGAGGAACAAGGAGAGUCUGGCCGAGGAGAUAAAGCUGUGGGAAGGAUACCUGCAGGGGUGCUGUUGCCUGGCAGGAAAAAACUUCACCCUGGCUGAUGUGAUUGUUUAUCCAGCGGUGGCUUAUCUCUUUCGUUUUGGGUUGUCAGAAGAGCGUUUUCCCAAUCUCGCCAAAUACUAUAACUGUCUGAAGGAGCGACCCAGCGUCAAAGCCACCUGGCCUCCUCAUUGGCUGGACAACCCCAAAGGCCAAGACACACUGAAAGAUCUCUAAUGUGUAAAUGUGCAUGAAGGCUACAUCUAAUACCCUGUUUAAAAGCCUUGCACUCCAUUCCAAAAUAGUAUAACGUCACAUUUUGUACCUUCAUCAGAGAGUUAAAGUACUGUGAAAUAACCCUUUUCUCUAACAUUUUCAUAGAGGGAAAAACUUUGUCCAGCUUUACAAUUCUAACAACGGCAGCCAAUUUUGCGCAUGCGUCCAGUGUUUUUGUGUCUAACAUCAGUCUCUGUGGAACAAUAAACACAGUUUGAAGACGUUA